GCCAGCCCUCUCAUAUGGUGAAAAAAUCACAUUGACAUAUUCAGCAAGGUUACUUUCAGAAUUCAGUGAUAAAAUUAGAACUUGUUCACGUUAAAAUCAUAGUUUUGUAUCGUGUUUUACGUUUUAUUGGUGAAAUGUGAAUAUCGUUGGCUUCGUUUACCGUGUUAUGGUUGUUUUAGUUCGAAUUUCUGGUGUUUGAUUCGCCGGCUCGAAAGUGGAGAUGUGGACGGUGUGUCUGCCGGGAUGGGGUGCCGCGGUCGCAGCGGGGGCCAUACUCCUGUAUGGAACCGUGGACGUGGCUUAUUUCGCCAGGAUGAUGUACACAGUGGCCAAGGCGAGGUAUUACAAGAAGAAGGCAUGCAUACUUGACACAACGAAGGUGGAAUCAUGGUGUCUCCUCAACGACAUAGACACCCUUCUGUACCACAUGAACAACGCUCGCUAUCUCCGAGAGUUGGACUUCGCCAGGGCUGAUUUUUACGAGCGCACGGGGCUGUACUCUAGCAUCAAGGCCGCUGGGGGCGCGGUGGUACAAGCCGCCGCUACGAUACGCUACAGGCGGUACCUGAAGCCGUUUACCAAGUUCGUGAUCACUUCCCGGGCUAUAUACUGGGAUGACAAGACCGUGUUCAUGGAACACGAGUUCAUCGGCCCUGGGGGGUUUGUGCACGCGGUGGCGGUGUGCAGGCAGCGCGUGAUCGACACCUCGGCCGCCGCUAUAGCAGAGCUUCUGCUGCAGCUGCACUGCGCCGGCGCCUGCAGCCCGCCGCCCGUCAAGAUGCCGCCUGAGUUGGAGCUAUGGGUGCAAAGUAACGACUUGAGUUCAGCAAGACUGCGUGGUGUGUCGUCACCAUACCCCCCCACCAUUCAAUCCCACCCGCUCAGCUGCGGGGAGGUCAUCCCCACCACGAUGGCCGAGUGA